GGGGGAGAAGACGAAGAUCCAGUAGUACAAGUGGAGCAUUAUAGCUUUCCAGUUGUAGAAGGUGAACCAUUGUUGUACGUCCCCAACGACAGUCCUAGAGAAGACGUGGCAUCUUCAACUGCACCAAGUACAAAAGCAGCAAGGACAAAAAAGCGUAC